AUGGUAGCCAACGCGUUCUUCCAUCCCUUGUCCCCGAUCCCUGGAAAUAAGCUGGUCGCCUCGAGCAACUUCUUCACAGGCAUUGCCUCUCUCUCCGGAAGAACCCAUUACGGAAUGCCGUUCGUUCACAAGAGGUAUGGGAAGGUUGUGAGGAUUGGGCCAGAAUUUGUCUCUGUCGCCGACAAGGACAUGAUCAGACAAAUCUUGGUGACGACGGACUAUCCUAAGAGUACCAUCCACGAAGGGUUCGAGCUCAACGGUCAGCAUAAUCUCUUUUCGUCGCGCAACAAGGACUUUCACAAGAACCGACGUCGUCUGGUAGCCCCGGCUUUCGGUCUGCAGUAUCUCCGGUCCUUGGAACCCAUCAUGCACGAAUGCAUCCAUGUCCUUGUCCAAAAAGUAGACGAACUCCUCGAAAACCCCAAGGCUGUCAAAGGCAAAAAAGUGCUCCCGGCAGGUCAUAUCGAUAUCUGCUCGUUCAUGAUGCGACUCUCGCUCGACAUCAUUGGCGAGACUGCGUUCGGUCAAUCCUUUGAGAUGGUCAAAGAUGAUAGCCAUCCUGUGCCUGGUCAGAUGGCCAAGACACUCAGACGAGCUAUGCAGCAGGCAUUCAAUCCGUGGAUGAAGUGGAUCAUACCCUUGGAUUUCUCAUUUGUCGAAUUUGGCACUGAGAGAGUGAGGGCGCGCAAGGCGAAUGGGGAGAAGGGUCGGAGGGCAGACCUACUGCAAUAUCUGAUUGAUGCCCAGGCCAACGAGCGUGUCAACGGCAAUGGUGAGACAGGCAAUGAGUACGAGGAUAUGAUCUCGGGCAAAUUGACCGACAAGGCCGUCGAGACAGAGGCGUGCAUUUUCCUGAUCGCGGGAUCAGAAACGUCUUCUACGGCUAUCACCUUUACUUUGAUGUUCCUAGUCAAGAACCCUGACAAACUGGCAAAGCUGAGGGAGGAGCUGGAUUUGGCAACUGCAAGCAACCUCAACGGCACCUUGCCAGCCUACGAUCAAGUCCGCAAUUUGCCAUACCUGACAGGAUGCAUCAACGAAUCCCUUCGACUUCGUCCCGUUGCAGCUACAGGUCUUCCACGAGAGGUCACCGAAGAUGUGACCAUGAACGGCUAUUUCUUCCCCAAGGGCACCAUUCUACUUGCCCAAUUUCCACAGCUCCACUGGUCGGACGAGUACUUCCCGCAGGCGGACAAAUACAUCCCCGAACGUUGGAUCCCUGGGGAUUCACCCUUCCCACCGGUUCAAGAAUUCACGUUCUACCCCUUCUCCGCCGGGACGCGCAACUGCGUCGGCAAGAACUUUGCCAUGAUGGAGAUGCGUCUGAUUAUUGCCACCUUGAUCACCAUGUACGAUAUCGGAUUCGUGCCCAACCAGCGGGAGGAUUAUGUGCAGUACAUUACGACAGCGUUGGCUACGGAAAGUUAUGUGAUCACCAUGAAGAAGCGCCAGUCCGCUUGUGCAGUGUAG